AUGAAGCUAGGUACUGUUUUAUGCUGGAUAGCUGCCACGCAAUCACUUGUCGAUGGAUUCCCUUUCGAGGAAAGGAGAAUCCUCCAACUGAGUGAUUCAAAAGUAAUUACCGUUAAUGAGUUUGAAAAGCUUUCGCUAUUGAAGAGAGGUGUUAAGUUUUUUGAUAUUACGAAACAACAACGUUCCAAUACAAUAAUAUCUCAUCGCUCAGAUGACCCUGUGGUCCCUACAUAUAUUUUUCCAAAGGUUAUGAACCAAUCAACCGUAGUAAAAUCUUUGAUGUCAAAAAUAGAUCAAGACUAUAUGUAUAAUAAAUUGGCGAAAUUCACUAGUUUCUACACGCGGUAUUACAAAUCUAAAUAUGGACUUGAAGCUGCUGAAUGGCUUUCUAGCCAAAUCCAUGAUAUUGUCGAUAUCUUACCAAAAGAUAUGGUUACUGUAGAACAUUUUGAUCACAAGGAAUGGGAACAAUAUUCCAUUAUUGUAAAAUUUACUGGAUCUGUCACUCCUGAAAAUAUUGUGGUCAUUGGAUCCCACUUGGAUAGUAUAAAUUUACUGUUCCCAACGUUACUACCUGCACCUGGUGCUGAUGAUAACGGUUCAGGAACUGUGACCAACCUGGAGGCAUUAAGAUUAUUUUCUGAAUAUCUUACAAAAUCCGGUGAGCCACUGAAAAAUACGGUAGAAUUCCAUUUUUAUUCUGCUGAAGAAGGAGGACUUUUAGGUUCCCUUGAUGUAUUUACAGCUUAUGCUAGUCUCAACAGAAAAGUCGUUGCCAUGUUACAACAAGAUAUGACUGGUUUUGUUGCCGAUUCAAAAAAUGAACAUGUAGGCGUUAUUGUUGAUUACACUGACGUUGAAUUAACCAAUUUUAUCAAGACUGUUAUUGACAACUAUCUUUCCAUUCCAUACGUUGAGACUGAAUGUGGAUAUGCUUGUAGUGAUCACGGUAGUGCCACUAAAAACGGAUACCCUGGUUCAUUUGUGAUUGAGAGUGAUUUUAAAUUAACAAAUAAAUAUAUACAUAGCACUAUGGAUACAAUUGACAAGCUAAGUAUUAGUCACAUGGCUGAACAUACGAAGCUUGUGCUUGGAACAGUACUAGAGUUAGGAGAAUGGAACGGCUUCUGA